UUAUUAAGUAUUGUUCAUAUGUACAUGCCGAUCCUAACUUUACUUAUUUUUAUAUUAGCUUAGUAACUUGAGAGGUUGUCUGCUUUAAUUGUGUAAUUUAGUCAUAGGUUUGUUGGCAAUAAACACGAGAUAAAGCCCUAUAAAAUUGGUUUUGGUCAUUUCUCUCUGUAGGUUAGGUUCCCCUCUUACAAUCUGGCGCCCAACGUGGGGCCCUUUAAUAAACCGGGUCCCAUUGAGGCACGAACCACUUAUAAUUUAAGACCAAAACCACACAGACAACCUACUCUCUCAGUCCCGCGAGCUAGGAUUACUAUAGCUAAUCGUCAUCAUAAACACAGGAUCGGAGACAUGAAUCUAUCAGAGGCACAAUUCGAGAGAUUACUGAAGACGUUAGGAGAACCACGCAGUAUGAGCACAUUGGCUCAGUGCUCUGCACGCUAUGGAGGAAGCAGAAAAUCCACCGAUGUGGAGACUUUCUUGGCGGCCGUGAACGUGUAUAAAAAGUUAGAGCACAUACAAGAUGAGGAUGCACUCACUGGCUUACCGUUACUUUUGACGGAUGAUGCCGCGACGUGGUGGCAAGGGGUGAAGACUCAAGUCAGGACAUGGGUUGACUUUGAGACAAGGUUGAGACAUACGUUUGCCCCCAAGAAACUGCCGUACAUCAUCUAUCAAGAGAUCGUGCGGGUCAGUCAGGUUCACCAGAGCACAGCGUCAUUUAUUGCUGAAAAACGUGCGCUUAUCGCUCAGCUACCCGAAUCUCACAAAUUGGUCGAGGAUCAACUCAUAGACCUUGUAUACGGACAGUUAAGACUAGACAUACGUGAGAAAAUAGCUCGGGAACACGUGACGACUUUCGACGACUUGCUUGAGAAAACAAGAGAGGUAGAAAGUCACAUGCUAGAAAAGGCGAAUCUGACGCAGCGCCCUUUAGAAGACCCCCCUAUAAAACCCAAGCGAUGCAACUUUUGCCGUAUUCCUGGACACACAGCGGAGACCUGCAGAAAGAAGGCUAAAGCAGAGCAGAGCGACGCAGUGAAGCCUAGCCCAACUACGGACAUAAAACCAGAAAAACCUAGGCUUUCUUGUUAUGGUUGUGGAGAGCCUGGUGUGGUCCGUAGUCGAUGCACAAAGUGCUCAUCUCAACGACGAACAAGCUCGAACGAUGCCAGUUUCUGCGGAGUAAAAAUCGGAGAGAUGAACCCAAGACCCGUGGUCAGAAUACAGAUUGGACACAUAAAGGGUACUGCUCAAAUUGACACAGGUGCCAGGUCAAAUGUCGCUUCGUACUCACUCUACCAGCAACUCCGGAAGAAUGGAUACAUCUUCGAGGAGAAGGAAAUGAGCAUAACCCUCGCUGAUGGCAUCCCCAAGAGGCAGACCGCCCUCACUGUCAGAGCUCCCAUCGCAAUAUUUGGUCGAGUGAUCCCAUCAUCUUUCGUGGUACUGCCGCAGGCCACCAACAACCUAACUCUGCUGGGAGUAGGUUUUAUAGUAGAUGCAAUGCUCAUCUUGAAUAUACCACAAAGGACCUGCCGUUUUAUGGAUGACCCCUCUACUGCCUAUGAUUUAGAGGAGGAGUCUAUCCAGGAGAUCGUCCUAGAGAAGCUGAAGGAGGAAUUUGCCCUUCCGCGAAUAAUUUCCCCUAUGGCAACCACUCCAAAAUCUGGACAGUCACCUCAACCUUCCAAGGUGAUUCCGGAAGUUGCAAGCGGGCUUACAGUGGUGCCAGUAUCAGGGAUGAAUGCUGAGGAAGAUGUUCAGCCAAGGGAAGCCGUGGUUCCAUCAGAGGAUAUUCCGGAGGUGCACGAAACGGCCAAUAUCGCCAACAUGCAUACACCACCGCGGUCAUACGGCCCUUUGAUACCGGUGGACCUGUCCACACCCCCGAAUAAGAAGCCGAAACUGAUGUUCGAUGGACACUCACCCGUCAUUGACGCGCUAUAUUAUGACGCACAAACUAGUCUGGCUGAAUAUGAUGAGGUAACGGACCUUUCCCCUGAGCUAACCCUCCUUUUCGAACCCAAGAAUCACAGCCCGUCAACUGAUGCGUCAUGUGAGAAAGAACAAUAACAUCGCAAAAAACCCAAUGACCCCAUUGCUCCUGACCAUUGCCUGGGCCUGUACCACUCGUCAGCGCUCCGCCUGUCCCAAAGCGCUGAGACAGCGCCCCACCUGCUCCAGAGCGCUGAGACAGCGCUCCUGCCCCGAGCCGUCUCCGCAGUGCCAUGCGUAAGCGUGGUCAACCAGAGGCCGUGCCAUGCGUGAGCGUGGUCGGCUGAAGAAGAUGACCUCCCGAGCCACCCCGGCGUGCCAUGCGUGAGCAUGGUCAGCCAGCCUACGGUGGUGCUUCAAGCCACCUCCGCCGUGCCAUGCGUGAGCGUGGGCGGCCGAAGAAGAUGACCUCCCAGCCGUCAUCCACGCCAAUCCUGGCUCUCUCGUCGGGACGUCUUCGGAGCCAGAGGGGGAGUCUGUAACACGACGCGCCCCUUUGUUUACUUCGAGCGACCAGCGCCGAGCCUGCCACUACGUCACAGCGAGGUCUACGCGCGCGCGCAGCCGGUUUACUGCCCUGCCCCGAGACCCCGCUCGCCGCAACGGGUAUAUAAGGCGGACGAGCCAGCCCAGCGGCCAGUUCAUUUCGCGACGCGCCGCGCUUCCGUACCACGGAACACGAUACGCCCGAAGUGAACGCACACACGCACCGCGAGUAUACGGUCUGCUUACGUAACACGGAACUGACCGGACUCUCGCGUUGUGACGUCACAUGCACGCCUCCCGUGCUUAUAGCUAGAUUUACAUGAACUAAUUAAUUGUUGCCUCGCAUUAGCUUAGAUAAUAAUAUUUCACGCUUUGCUAUUAAUUAGAAUUCUGCACAUUGUUUACAUUCAUGCUUAGCUCAAAUGCACAAUCCGAUCCUGUCUUUAUGACUUUAUUAUUUUUCACGCUUCUUGCUAUAAAAUUAUUAAGAAAAUGCUAUUGUACUAAAUAUGGCCCUAAUGCAUACGCCGAUCCUAGAUUUCCGCUUUAAUUAGUUUACUCAUACUUUUGAUAUAAACUUUAUUGAUUAAACGUAAUUGUUUAGUUUCCUAUAAAGUGUGGCCCUGAUUCAUAUACCAAUCCUUGUUUUAUGCUUUGCACAUGCUUUUGUAUUGAACUUUAGUAAUUAGACGCAAUUGUUUAGUUAGUAAUUAAGUUUAGAUCAAAUGCAUAUACCGAUCCUUGUUUUGUGUUCUAAUUGAAUUGCUCACGCUUUAGUUAUAAAGUUUAUUAAGUAAAUACAAUUGUAUAGCUUGCUAUUGGAUCCGGCUCAAAUGCAUAUACCGAUCCUCAUUUUUGCUUCUAAUGUUAAAAUUACGCUUUGCCAUAAGAUUAAUUAGUCAAUGCAAUUAGUAUUGUUUAUCAUUAAGUAUUGGCCAUAUGUACAUACCGAUCCUCAAUUUUGAUUUGAACACUAUAAUCAUGCUUUGCCAUAAGAUUGAUUAGUCAAUGCAAUUAAUAUUGCUUAUUAAUAAGUAUUGUUCAUAUGUACAUGCCGAUCCUAACUUUACUUAUUUUUAUAUUAGCUUAGUAACUUGAGAGGUUGUCUGCUUUAAUUGUGUAAUUUAGUCAUAGGUUUGUUGGCAAUAAACACGAGAUAAAGCCCUAUAAAA